AUGGCAAAGCUCAACCGCUUCAUGAACCAGUACUUUAUGCUAAUAGCAUGCCUUCAGUUAUGGUCUCUUAUUACUCCAGUAAAUCCUGCCAGUACAUGGGGUCCACUUAUUUUCAUUUUUGUUGUCACUGCAACAAAAGAGGCAUGGGAUGAUUACCACAGAUUUCUUUCAGACAAGAAAGCGAAUGAGAAAGAAGUUUGGGUUGUGAGGCAGGGCAUAAAGAAACAUGUUCAAGCACAUGAUAUUCAUGUGGGUAAUAUAGUAUGGCUCCGAGAGAAUGAUGAAGUGCCAUGUGAUCUGGUUUUGAUUGGGACAUCUAAUCCACAAGGAAUGUGCUAUGUUGAGACUUCUGCUCUAGAUGGUGAAAUUGAUCUAAAGACCAGGUUUAUUCCCUCAGCUUGCAUUGGGAUUGAUCUAGAAGUCUUGCACAAAAUCAAGGGUGUGAUUGAGUGCCCUUUUCCUGACAAGGACAUUAGAAUAUUUGAUGCAAAUUUAUGGUUGUUUCCUCCUUUUAUUGAUAACGAUAUGUGCCCAUUAACCAUUAAAAACACAAUUCUUCAGUCAUGUUACUUGCGGAAUAUCGAAUGGGCAUGUGGAGUAGCUGUUUAUACAGGCAAGUUUGUUUAUUCUAGUUGUCAAGGCCAUAUUUUAAUGCAUACCUCUCUGUUCAUGCAUGCACAUAUUUGUUUUGUUUUGAAGCAAUAAGAAAAGGGAAGUUCUCAUAAAUGGUAAAUGACCUUAUGCAGUAUAUGAAAAAAAUUAUGAAUAAAGUAUGAAAAUUUGUACUUUAAUCAUGACAUCUGCUGGUGAAGUCGACAACUUUCAUAUUAAUUAUCAACAUCAAUAUGCCAAGGGAAAUAUCUUAGUACCUCCCAAACUUGCUACUGUAUCUUAAGAAAUAAUAAUUGAUAAAACUUGUAUUUCUGAUUGAUGGGAAUAGCACAAAUUUAAGUGAGUCAUGCUUCUUCUUCUUCUUCUUCUCUCUCUCUUUCUCUAUCUAUCUAUAUAUAUAUAUAUGUCUCUCUUUAAAGGCUGUCAUGUGAUUGAUGGCUUCAGUGCCUACAAAUUUUGUACCUUCUCUGCAAUUUGACCAAUUUUAGUUAUGGAAGUUUCCAGAGGAUUGAUGCACCCAGCUGUAUUUUCUUUCCUUUUGGAUUUUGGUUUUUGGAUUAUGGAUUUUAUGUUUAUUUUUAUAUUUUUCUUUCCUUUCUUGUGAUGCAAACCAAGUGUGUGUGAAAAUGCCUCAAUGGACUAAGAUUGUGAAAUUUAGUGAAUGAUUCUUCUAUAGGCUAAUGUAGUUGUUGCUUAUUGUUCUCUAGGCCUUUUUUUUUUUCUAUUUCUGUUUUAAAUUUGGAAGUAUAUAUUAUGGAAUGACCUAAAUAGUUGAUUCUUUGAAGACGAAUUUUUUAGAUAAUAUUUUUAAACAUUUUAUUUCUAAAGAUGAUAUGAAUCCUAAUUUUUAUUUUGUUGCUCCUUAAUGUUAAAUUGAGGCACCUAGCCAUUAUGAAGGAAAGUAUAUAGAAUAAUUUAUUGGAGUAUCUCAUAUAUAUUUCAAAUAUUUUAACUAUGCCAGUGAAUCUUAAAGAGAUUGUUUGGGCUU